CCGGCGCGAGCGCGACCAGUGACCAUGGCGGCGGCGGCGGCGGCGGCGGCGGCGCAGGGCCUGUGGGGCGCGCGGCGGCUGCGGCUGUUCCUCUCCACGCUGAAGCCCGGGAUACACGUUCCCCAGGCUGAGCCCGUGGCUGCGUUCAGCUCCUCUGUGACCUCCGCCAAAGUGGCUGUGAACGGCGUCCACCUGCACUACCUGCGGACUGGAGGUGGAGAGCACGCGGUCCUGCUGCUCCCAGGAAUGUUGGGAAGUGGAGAGACUGAUUUUGGACCUCAGAUUGAGAACCUGAAUAAGAAGCUCUUCACGGUGGUUGCCUGGGAUCCCCGAGGGUACGGACGUUCCAGACCCCCAGAUCGAGAUUUCCCAGUAGAAUUUUUUGAAAGGGAUGCAAAAGAUGCUGUUGAUUUGAUGAAGAUGCUGAAGUUUAAGAAGGUCUCUUUGCUGGGGUGGAGUGAUGGUGGAAUAACAGCCCUCAUUGCAGCUGCAAGAUACCCGUCCUACAUCAACAAGAUGGUGAUCUGGGGGGCCAACGCCUACGUGACCGACCAGGACGAGGAGAUUUAUCGGGGUAUCCGAGACGUGUCUAAAUGGAGUGAGAGAACAAGAAAGCCUCUGGAAGCCCUCUAUGGGUUCGACUACUUUGCCAGAACCUGUGAAAAGUGGGUGGAUGGCAUAAAACAGUUUAAGCAUCUUCCAGAUGGUAACAUCUGUCGGCACCUGCUGCCCCUGGUUCAGUGCCCCACCCUAAUCGUGCACGGUGAGAAGGAUCCUCUGGUCCCGAGCUUCCAUGCCGACUUCAUACACAAACACGUGAAGGGGUCACGGUUAACGUUCAGUGAAGCAUUUGUAGUGUUCACCACCGCUCCUCUGAGUUGAAUUUACACGGUGCCUUUUAUCUGAGAGGUGCAAGCGUGCACUGGUCUUUGUAUUCAUCACAUUGUUCACAGAGAAGUGGCUAAGCUGAAGACAGUCCUCGCCCGGGGCCCUGGAUUCCACACGUUCACGGGGUUGCUGGAACCACAGCAAGCCAAGGAGGAAGGUCGGCUUUGUCCCCAGAUCUCUAUCCACCUCCACACACCUGGGUUCCUUUCCUUGAAUACUUUGGGCCAGUGAAGCUAAAAAUAUGCCUCCUGGUCUCUCCUUACUGAAAGAGCGGAAAGGCUAUUAAUUAAAAACAUGAAAGUAGAAAUCCUGUUUUCUUAAAAUUACUAAACCUGGAAACACUUAGGAAACAUUUAGUGAAAGAAUAAAAAUUGUUUGCAAUAAAAAUUAAGAGACCACGGGAUUUGGAC